UAUUCAUUAUUUUAAGCAUUAGUAUCCUUACGUACUGUAUAUAUACCCCAAUUAUUCGCGUGCUGGCCGCCAUGAGAAACAGAUAAUUGCGCAUAAGAUCCGAGGGUAAUUCUGAAGAAGUACGAUAGAUAGUCCAUGUCUCAUACUAUAUAUCAAGCCUGCCCUCCCAAAUUUUCAAAUAAGUCAUGCCCGUCCAAUUCGUUUUUGCGGAAAGUGGAGAUAAAUCAAUUCGGAACUUUUCUUCAUCCGUACUCCGCCUCCUUGCUAUCACCCACGCCUUCGAAGAAGUUACCUAGUUAAAUCAGAAGAACCCCGUGAUUUUACCCCGCGCAUAUAGACCAAACGAUUAUAUUCAUAAUGGCUUCUUCCAUUAGAACGCUGAACUUCAUUACCGGAAACAAAAAUAAACUGGCAGAAGUGAAAGCUAUUCUUGGCGACACUGUGGAACUUCAGAACAAGGCUAUCGAUCUCCCUGAGAUUCAGGGAACUUCGGAACAAAUUGCAAAGGAGAAAUGUCGUCGUGCUGCUGAAAUAGUAAGUGGACCUGUCCUGACAGAGGAUACUGCUCUUGAAUUUCAUGCUCUCAAAGGCCUCCCGGGCCCUUACAUCAAAUGGUUUCUGGAAUCACUUGGCCAUGAAGGGUUGAACAAGAUGCUUGACCCCUACGACGACAGGACUGGUGAAGCUGUGUGCACAUUCGCCUUUUCCAGUGGACCUGGUGCAGAGCCCAUCCUCUUCCAGGGACGGACACAGGGUCAAAUCGUACGCCCCCGCGGCCCAGCCAACUUCGGCUGGGAUCCUAUCUUCGAAUACGAGGGUAAAACGUAUGCGGAGAUGGAGAAACAGGAGAAGAAUCAGGUUUCUCAUCGCUAUAAGGCGUUGUUGAAACUGAAGGAAUGGCUCGCAGAGACCAAGGCCUGA